AUGGUUUCUCCAUCAACAACAUCUCCAUGCCCGCGGGUCGAAACCUUGGCCCGCAGCGGAAUCGACACCAUCCCGAAGGAAUACGUCCGGCCCGAAGACGAGCUCAGAAGCAUAGUCGACGUGUUCGCCGAGGAAAAGAGCUUCCGCGGGCCUCAAGUCCCGACCGUCGACCUCGCCGGCAUCGACUCGGAGGACGACGAGGCUCGGAGGAAAUGCCACGAGGAGUUGAAGAGGGCCGCGGCCGAGUGGGGGGUGAUGCACCUCGUCAACCACGGCGUGCCCGAGGAGCUCACGGGUCGUGUCAAGAACGCGGGCCAGGAAUUCUUCGACCUGCCCGUGGAGGAGAAGGAGAGGUACGCCAACGAUCAGGCGAGCGGGAACGUGCAGGGCUACGGGAGCAAGCUGGCGAACAACGCCAGCGGGCGGCUGGAGUGGGAGGACUACUUUUUCCACUGUGUUUACCCUGAGGAGAAAAGGGAUCUCUCCAUUUGGCCUAAGAAUCCACAUGAUUAUAUGUGA